AUGCACCCCUUACGUGAAAGAACAUGCGACGCUCUUCUGGAGAAUCCCGCGUUGAGAACACCCCCGCCUGAACCGGAAAAGCCGAAGCCGCCACGAAUUCGCAAACCUCGUGAAUUCAAACUUCCUCCAAGAUUUCCCUUAUUAUCAAAAGAAUUCUACGCUUGUUGGUGUAACCAUCAAAAAGAGCUUCAAUUGGCCAAGCACAAGAUAGACGAUAGUCCGCCCGAGCUAUUCCCGGAGUUAUACUUGAAGCCGCGCCGUUUAGACUACUACGCACGACAGCUCGAAGAGAAUAUGAACGUUAACAAGGAACUGCUUAAAAGAAUAAAUCUCAUACAGAGGACUGGAGGGUUUGUCGACUGCUGGAUGCGACCUGAACCGACUAAUACAUACAAAAAACUUCUGUGCAAGCAGCGUCAACGGAACCUCGAUGAGAUCCGGAAAAAUAACCUUUACUUCUAUUCGAGACUUCUUAUUGCCAGAUCCGAACAGCCCCUCACAAAGGAAUUAGAAGAACAUUGGAAGGAGACAAAACACAAAUUAAUCUUGGGUGCUUCAUUGCCAUUUAUUCUGUUCAAAACUGAAAAGAUUGAUCGUGAUAUUCGAGAUCCAAGCUUUGACCGGCCGUUGAACGUUUACCGAACUAAAGUCUCUAUGGAAGUUUGGGUGGUGGGCGGUUCGAAAAUUGGAAAAGUCACUAUAGAACUAUUCAAUGAUAUAGUUCCAAAAACUUGUCAGCUUUUCUUGAGUCUCGUGAGAGGUGAUCCCUUUGGUCACGCAUACGCAGGGACCAGAUUUUUCAGGAUUGUUCCCGACUUAUACUGUCGAGGCGGGGACGUCAUUAAAGAUAACGGAUUUGGCUGCUAUUUACCAGAAGGGCAAACAGAACCUAUGGGUGUCGAGUGCUACCGCCUCAAGCACACUGUGCCCGGUGUACUAUCCAUGGUUGUAAGUUCUGAUAACGAAGUGUGCGCACAGUUCAAUAUAAUAUUCAAGCCGCUACCACAAUUCGAUGGGAAACACGUUGUUUUCGGCAGAAUUAUAGGGGGACCAGCGCAGGCCUUAGAGCGUAUCAGUGCUCUCGGACUCCCACUGGGGACCACGACGUCAGACUGCGUCAUAAGGAACUGCGGAUGGUUCACUCGCUCCGGACAAUACCGAGAAGGAAACCAGAACACCACCAAAUUCCCUCCGAGACGUAAAGUAAAGACAUGA